ACAAAAAAUGUUUAUGCGCAAGAGAUAACUCCCAAUCGAAGUGGGAAUGAUGCGUUUGGCGCGAUUUACGCAGGGUUUCUCGAUUAACAAAAAUGCGGCCAAGCAUCGCGGCAGUGGCAGCAGCAACGGAACCGGAAACGCUAACGGAACCGGAAACGGCCAGGGGGUAGGUGGCAGCUGCAGUGUCAACGGCCUGGCAGCCAGUGGCGGCGUUGGAGGGGGCGGUGGGAGUGGCAGCGGCGGGAGUGGGAGUGGCUGUGCCAGAGGCGUCGGGAGUUGUAGUAGCAAGCGAAAAUCAAAGACAAAGACAAAGUGCUUCGGUGGCACAGUGUUUCGGUGUUGCCUCCCUUGUCGCGGGGGCGGCUCCGCAGCCCCCGCCACAAGUCCGCCCCAAACACCCGCAGCCCAGUCGCCGGACGAGCUUAAGGUCAUACAUACGGAGGACGACAAUCUGGAGAAGAAGCAGGAGCGGAACAAUCAGGACAACAAUCAGGCCAAGGAGGAUUUGCUGCUGAACCGCAACACCGGUUCGGGAUCUGAGCUGGAUCUGUACGGCGGCACAAAGAAGCACUCGCUGGCGGACACCAUCGACACGUCGGUGACCACGCCCAUCUCCCUGAAGACCCUCAUCAACGACGUGGACGAGGAGCUGCUGGAUCAGCAGCUCAGUGCGGCGGAUAUAGCAGCGGCCAGUUUGGCCAGCGGUCUGGUUGCCCGUCGAGCGGAACCGGAAACGCUGAGCGACGCCAGCGUCUCACCCACCGCGGUGGUGCAGCAGCAGCAGCAGUUGCAGUUGCAACAGCCACAACAGCCACAUUUGGUGCCCAGCAGCGGCAACAUACUUAGCCAGGUCACCCUGUACAGCGGCAGCAAUCCCUCUACGAAUCCGCAGAAUACGUGCCCUAAUCCAGCAGCAAAUUCAAAUCAGAACUCAAAUCCAAAUCCAAAUCCCGGCCAGAAUCAGCAGCAGCGUUGCAGCUGUCCACCGCAGACUUCGCCAUUGCCCCACAUCAAAGAGGAGGAGGAAUCCGAGCAGGCCAACUUUAAGCAUCAGUCUUCUUUGAAGGAUCAGCAGCAGCAGCCCCCGCCGAUCACAAUAGCCAGUGGCUACUGCGGUAGCUGUGAGAGCAUCCACCACUCGUCGGCCACCUCGUCCUCGGCGGGUACAGUGCCCACUGGCAGUCAGCAACCUCAGGAGUACAUUGCAGGUACCUCCUCUACGCCCUCGCCGCGCAUCAAACUAAAGUUCCGCAAGCCACACAAGUCCUGCUGGUCGCGCAUCGUCCUUGCGCCCAUCGGAUCGGCAGGUGGCUCCUCGUCGGCCACCACUGUCAUUGGGAGCAACUCGAACGAGACCUUGGCCUCUAGCAGCACCACCGGGGGCACCGCCACCACCACCCAGAACAGCAGCAGCGCCAGCGUUGCCGCGCACCACCGGCUGACCUCGUCGUCGGCCUCCGCCCUCGCCUCCUCGCACCCGAGCAACUCGCAGCUGCUGCCCACCAGCAAGAUGCAGGCGGAGCAGGGGUCCAUCGGCGACCUGCAGAAGUACCACAGUCGGUACCUCAAGAACCGACGCCACACGCUGGCCAACGUUCGAAUGCCGCCGCCGCCGCGACGUCGACGCAGCAGCGCUCUGCCUGCGUGAGUGUGUGCGUACCUAAACCUAAUGUGUGUGUGUGUGUGAGCAUCUGAACUGGCGGCCAAAAGUGACGACGACGCCGACGUCGCCGUUGCAGCGCGUCCAACGCCGCCGGCAGCAGCAACAACAACAACAACAACAACAACAACCACCACUCCCAGAUCUACAACAACACCUGUAACAACAACAGCAUAUAGAUCACGAAAUUUGCUUAAAGCUACCGCCAAAGUGAAAAAGAAGAAAAAGUGGAAGCAAAUCUCCUUUGUCGACGAUCAGCAGCGUUUGAAGCAAGCAGCAGCAGCGACGUCGGCAGAACGCAAACGUUCCACCAGCAGCGCCCCGCCCGCCCUCGAGAGCCACGCCCCCCACCGACUGGGACGCUUUUUGCGGCAGAAGAGCAGCGAAACGAGCAGCGCUGCGACGACAGCAGCGGGACAGCGUCGCAAAUCAUCAGCGGCCUCGAUAAUCGCAGCGGCAGCGGCGGUGACUGCCAGCGGUCUAAAUAGCAGCAGCUGCGCAGCGACCGCCAGCGAGGAGCAGAACUCAAGCGGUACCCUCAGCGGUAUCGGCGGCAGCAGCGGCUGCAGCGGUAAUACUUCGACGUCGACGUGGUGCGGUAGCAUCAACUUCCUGGUGUAUAUGGUGUGUUCGUUCUGCUGCUGCUGCUACAACUUUCGCAAUUCGCCAUCUAGGUGAGACCCAGGCCUAUCGAUAAGCUAUCGAAUUUUUAGCGAUUAUUGCAAAGAAUGUAGGAUCG